GAGCGCGCACUCGAACUGACAUUCGGGCGAUAGACUUGGCCUAGUGCGGUCGCAAAAUUCUGCCCUCUCUGGUGUUCGACUGAAGUGGACCCCUGAGCCGUCGAGAGCUUCGGUCAUCUGCGAGUCUUCAUCCCAAGCGUCCGGCUUUGAGGGUCCAGUCGUCGAACAAUUCACCAUGUAUCCUCCUCCCCGGCCGAUGCAGAUGUCGAUGAACAUGAUGAACGGACAAGCGAAUAACCAGCGCCAACCGGAAUCUAUCAACUUGCAGGUGAAGCCUCGCGGUAUCACGUUGACUCCCGGAAGCAAUCCCGUGGCGUUGAAGACACCAUCGGCGACGAUUGUAGUGACAAGCAGCCAAGAGCAGAUGAAACGUGCAAGCGUCGGCUGUAUGCAAGGAGUUCAGAACCUUGGAGGCACUAACAUCCACGUCACAUCCGGUUUCGAAGGAAUGCAAGGCGUAAUGCAAGGCAUGCAAGGGAUGCAGGGUGGAGGCGGUGGCGGUGGCUUCCGCGGCAUGCAAGGCAUGAUGCCUGGAAUGGGCAUGCAAGGAAUGCAAGGGCCCGGAAUGCAAGGUAUGCAGGGCAUGCAAGGCGGAGGACAUGGAAUGCAAGGAAUGAUGGGUAUGCAAGGAGCAGGAGGAAUGCAGGGCAUGCAAGGCCCAGGAAUGCAGGGCAUGCAAGGCCCAGGAAUGCAGGGCAUGCAAGGAAUGGUUCCAGGGUGCGGCAUGCAGGGACUGCAGGGACCAGGUAUGCAAGGAAUGCAAGGAAUGAUUCCUGGAAUGGGCAUGCAAGGAAUGCAGUAUCCUGGUGGACAAGGUAUGCAGGGAAUGCAAGGUGGUGGCGGCAUGAUGCAGGGGAUACAAUGUCCCGGUAUGCAAGGUGGGCAGGGCAUGGCUCCAGGGAGCUCUGGAGGUCAACAAACCAUCGCCUAUCGGACGCCUUCAGGUACACUCAUCUUGUCGCAGAGCUUGGAACGGCUUAAUGUCGCUAAAAAAGCAAAGUCGAAGCCCUCUCAAGAGUCGAGCAAGAUCGUUAUCAAGCAAUACCCCGGCCCCGAACCUGUCAAACAGAAAAGCCUUCGCGGCGUCGAUACACUCAACCUGCAGCUCGGACCGCAAGGCAUCACAGUUAGCUCCGCGACUAGGAAGGGCAGCCCCGUGCCUAAGAGAAAAUCGUCAACCACGCUCAUUGUGAGCACUAGUCAGGAACGCAUCAGCAGCCCGAGGUCAUCGCAACAGUCUGGUUUUACAACAAUCGCGAACCUGCUUGCCUCCAGACGGAAGUCUGAAGGAAAGCAAAAGGCGUACCAGCCGGGACAGCAGGUGACACUUGGUAUCCGAGGGCCCUCCACGACGCUCAUGCUAUCCACUAGCAGUGACAGCUUGACAGGCGGUCGCAGAAGCCCACCCAGGAGCCCGAGGGGCAGAAGCCCACCCAGGAGCCCGAGGGGCAGGAGCCCUCCUAGGAGUCCGAGGAGUAGAAGCCCUACCAAUAGUAUGUCCCUAAGGACCUCUUCCCGCGGCUCCUUGAUGACCGCGCAGCUCAUGUCGAGACCCCAGCCGCCGCCACCGCCACCACAGCAGCCACAGAUGCAGCAAGUGGUACUGACAGGAAUGCCGGACUACCAGGCGACAGUGGUUCUCAUUCUUACGCCCGAUGACGAAAAUCAGCAGAAAUAAAAACUUGCGGCAAAACUAA